AUGGCAUCAGAGGUAGUACCCUUCAAGAAGCUUCCUCAGGAGCUCCGAAACGAGGUGUGGACCUGUGCCAUGAUCAGCAAGCAUGGCGUCCAUUUCCUCAAGUUGGACAAUGAUUACAAUGGCACUUACCUCUUCCCUGCUGCAGAGAUCUCCCAGCCUGUCCAGGGACCGGGCAUCUCAGAGGUAUCCUCCAUGUCAGCAGCUUGCGACACUGCUAGGCUGUCCAUAGCUGGUGGAUCUAAUGCAGACGGUUCAUUGGUCGCCCGGUUUGGAUUGAGUCGCAUCAUUCUGAACUUCAGAGUCGCACUUGGCGCUCUGAUUCCAGCUUCCAUGCCCAGCAUUCAAAGCUACAUCAAUCCCCUCAAGAGGCCCCACAUCAAAGUGGACAAAGACAACGAUCUCUUCUGUUUCUCGACGUUCAGAAGCCCCUGGUUUCCCAAUUAUCACUUUUCGGGUGGCACUUCCUGCUCACACCCAGAUUUUCGCGACACCAAACUCGUGGCCAUCAGCAUGCCAGGACAGAACAGGGCGACGGAUGACUUCAUCUGCAAGGACUGCUUCAAAGACUACACCCAAGACCCGGGCCAGUUCUGGGGCCAGCUCGAGGUCUGCAUCGCCUGCAUGGCAUCCUGGACUGCCCAGCUCAGGGAUGUUGAGCGUGUGUACCUGAUCGUUCCGGGCUUGCCCCAGGCUCAGGCCGACGAUGAGCAGAUCGUGUACCGCUGGGGAGCGCCUGCGGCAAUGCAAGCUGCCAUCGCAGCGUUGCCCAGGCCGCCUUCCUCGUAUGACCGGCGGACGCCCAUGCACAUGCCAGCUUGGGGUACAAGGCCCGCCUUGAGACUCCUCAGCAGCGAGACCGUAGAGGCAUUUGGCCCCGAUGGCCCGCAGUCCUUCCAUGGCUGCGGAAUCACUCUCUUCGAGGUGCCUGCAUCUGCGGUUCCAGACGAGACCCAGGAGAUUCUGGACGUGAUGUUCGAGGAGACCUGCAACGCCCGCUGCUUGUUCACCGUGGAUGCCGACGACUUCUCGCCCUUCCCGAGCAACCCCGUUCACUGUGGAGGUGUUGUGGAAUUCAAGUUCCUGUCUUACUAG